GGGGAGAUACCUUUUCCGGCUCCACCCACGCGCUGCGUGCGAUCGCCUCUUGGCGGAGGGGGAGCGGCCUAUCGGCCGCAAGGCCAAAGAAAGUGACUGCUGGAGGUUGGGAGAUAGCCAUCGCGCGACUUUGCCAUGGCUGCUGUGCUGGCACGGCUGUUCUUUCUGGGUCCUUAUUCUAGCGUUUCGUGGACCCCGGUGAUAACAAGAUUCCUGAGUAAUUCUUUGGGAAGAGCAAAUUCUAGUCAAGGACAAUCUAGACCAAGCAAGCAAGAACUUAAGAAGCCCAAAUUACCACAAGGACGAUUUGAUUCUCCAGAAGAUUCCAAUUUAGAACAAGAACCACUAGAAAAAUUUCCAGGUGAUAUCAAUCCUCUUACAAAGGAAAAAGGUGGCCCCAAAGGUCCUGAACCUACUCGAUAUGGAGAUUGGGAACGAAAAGGACGUUGUGUGGAUUUUUAAUGGUCUCUGACUCUUGACAAACUGGUCUCUUCUUCUAAAUGUUGUAUAUUUAAUUUAAGUUUUGCGUAUUUAAUUUCUUUGUGUUCCUUUUUUUAAAAAAAAUUUUUUUUAAUCAUCUGAUUUGGAGAAUGUUAGUCCAAAAAAGAUUACGCUUGGGAAAUAUUUCUGCAUUAGCAUAUUUAUUAUACAGAUUUGUUAAUGAAGAGAUGAUGUUCAGGACUGCCUGUUAAUUUAUCAGUUAACAUUGCAUAUAAGUUCCAUAAUUUAAUUUUUAUGGGGUGAAAGUGAUUCAUUGUUUGAAAAGGUUUUACUGAGAAAUAAAAUGUUGUAAAUUCCAAGAUGUAUAUUGCAUUAUCUGCAAAGAAAAGUUUUGCCAAGCAGAUUAUUGCAUAAAAGCCUAACAUUUCAGUUAAACAAGUCCUUAUAGAAUGCUUUCUCAAUGCCUAACAUCAUGCUAGAUUGGGGAAGGAGAAAUACAGAAGAAAAAAGAGGCACAGACCCCAGCCUUCAGGAGUUUAUGGUGUAUUGGGGAAAAUAAUUUUCCAAGUUGUGGAUUGUAUCACAUUGGUAAGAGACAAGUCUGUGGAGUUGAAAAAAUUUGGAACAGUGACCAAAAUUAUUGGAUAUUUUAAAAUAUUCGUGCAUAAAUAAAUCCAUUUAUUUAAUUGGAAAUAAAGUUCAAAUUAAAAUGUAAACUAGCAUCAAAUUCUCAGUAGUUGAUAAGAUUGCAGAAAGGGAGGAUGCCAGUAGAGCUGGAGGCAGUGUUUCCCAGCAUAGGUGGCUUACAGAGAAUAAGUGGUUACAAGAGGAAAUUACCUGGUCCUUUGACUAAAGGGAGGGAUUGAACACUUUUAUCUCCCAGUGCUGCUUGAAUACUCCCCACCAAAUUUUCUUACUGAAGGAGGACUGAAGGAGAUUAAAUAAUUGGCAUUGGGAGCCAUAAGCAUUCAACCCUUUGUGCUGAUGGAGGAAACUAAUCUUUUGACGAUUCAGUUCCUUGAUCAUUUGAUAUUUUGUUACUUUUAAUUUAUGUGUAAGUUUUAU